AUGACUAAAUCGUCAACAGAUUCUGAGAUUGUAAAAGUAGAUAUAAAAGGAAGUAGCAGGCUCGCCAAAAAAACAAUAAUAUGUCAUACUGUUGAUGACAUCAAAAAGAUAUUACUUACUGAUAUUCUAAAUUUAAUAGCUAUUUUAAGGAAUCAUAUUGACAUUGAUGUGAAUAAAGCAAAACAAAUUAAGGUUUUCAGUAUGCAGGUUAUAGCAAGAGCAGAAAAAGCUGAAAUAGAUAAUGAAAUUCAUUUAGAGGCUUUAGAAACAGGAGGAAAAGAAAGAUAA